CCAGCCUGCCCAGAUCCCUCUGCAGAGCCUUGGCCCAUGGAUCCAGCCUGCCCAGAUCCCUCUGCAGAGCCUUGGCCCAUGGAUCCAGCCUGUCCAGAUCCCUCUGCAGAGCCUUGGCCCAUGGAUCCAGCCUGUCCAGAUCCCUCUGCAGAGCCUUGGCCCAUGGAUCCAGCCUGUACAGAUCUUUCUGCGGAGCCUUCAGCAUUAAGGGCUGGAUGGGGACCUGGAGCCCUUUGUACCCCACCACCCAAACCCAUCCCCGCAGUGGCUGGCACUGCCCAGGGUAAAGGCACAGCUGUUCAGCUGAGUCGAUGGGAAGGGUUAUAAACCUCAACUUUUCCUGGCAGACGGCGUGGGAAGCAGAGUUUUGCAGGCUCAUUAAUUUUUCAUGAUGAUUUAACACACUCAGGAGUCUCAUUAACAAAAAGAUUGUGGGUCUCCUCGAGGAUAGGCGCUAUCCUGCUGCUAGAGCGAAAAAGCAAAACAAAUAGCAACCAUGCAGCAUUGUUUCAGUGCACGAGGCUGGGAGGAGAUGAAUCGCUCCAGAGGUGCCUGUCAGCUGGACUGGGGAAUGAGAUAACCAGGUGAGAGCGCAAUGCAAAGAACCCUUCCCUAACAUCUGGGAAAGGGCACACGUCUCCUUAGCAAACACAAGCAGAGAAGCUCUUUUUACUUUCGAGAUCCGCUGCUGGGUUGCUGUGUGUUCAAAGAGAAAACCUCCAUUUGAAUAAAACCCCAUUCUUAAAACGUCAUUUACAGCUCUCAAAACAUCAGCUGGAAGCCCUGAGCGCCUUGUGGAUGUCUUUAUGAAAAGCAGAAUCCAGCUCCGCCCUGAGCCUGGCUCUGGGCACAGCAAAGAGCAGGAGAGGCUUUAGGCCAUGUUAUGUGGGAGGCCUGGGAGAGUCUGCAGCUUGCAGGAUGUGACUCCCCUCGCAGCCUUUCUACUGCUUUGCUGUUUUACCAUGCCUUUAUUUUCUCUUACAGAGAAAAACAAAACACAGGACCUUGCCAGACCUGUCUCGCCAUGCCAGAGGUUGGGAACACUGAGCUCAGCUACAGUGGCACCUCCUGGGAAAAGAUCUGCCCAGUCCAUCACUGCCCUGUCCCUGGAUCCCCCCAGCUCGGGGGAGACCACCUGCCCUCCUCCAGCCACACGCUUGGGCCCGUCUCCACGCAGUCCAACGGCCAGGUGCCAUCCAGCUCCCCGGACUCGCAGCAGCAUCCCCUGUAUUACCCCUGCAACCAGCAGGAGCCACGAGGCAGCUACGGUCUGCCCACGCUCCCAGGGCAUGGCGAGAGGCCCAUGCUGUGUUCCCACCUUUCCAGCAGUGAUCCCCUGCCAGCUUCCCACCACGAGGCCUCAGAAACCCCCUGGAAACAGUGGUCCCCCAGGCAGCGGCAGCUGGUGCAGCAUCACGUUGUAACAGUUAGACAUGACAAAGCUUUCAGGAUGCCAAAAAGUUAUUCCCAAGUGAUUGCGGAGUGGCCCAUAGCCGUGCUGGGGCUGUGUUCGGUGACCACUCUGGUUUGCACGUUAGCUGGGCUGCUUGUUGGAAACCUGCCCGACUUCUCAGAACCCUUGAUGGGUUUCGAGCCACGAGACACUGACAUUGGCAGAAAGCUCAUUGUGUGGAGGAACGUGGAGAGCCAGACGGGCUACGAGAAGACCUUUUCCCUUUCUCCCUAUGCUGAGAAGAAAGGCUAUGAUGACAUCAGCAGAGGACAGAAGGCUGCUCAGGGGGAACAAGAAGCAAGGACAAGGAGAAUGGUGGAGCAAAUCUAUGGAGCUGAUGGUUUCUUUUGUGGUCCCCCAGAAAAGAGCUAUUCCCAGCUGGUAUUCAUGUCCACAACUGCUGGAAGCUUAUGGAACCUGCAAGCUAUUCAGUCCAUGUGUCAAAUUGAACAAGACAAGAUACGCUCACACGUUCACUUUAGAGACCUCUGUCAACGGACUGAAGCCAACGAAUGCUGCCCGAGCUGGUCACUGGGGAACUACAUUGCUGUCCUGUACAACAGGUCUUCGUGUUUGGAGAUAACCCAAGGAGACAUCGCCCACACCCUGGCCCUCCUCCGAGCCUGCGCUCCAGACUACCACAAAGGCAUCCUCACCCCCUCUUGCAUCGGCCCUGAGCCAGUGAGGAAGAAACACUCCCAGUGCGCCAAAGUCCCAGAAAAAUGUACCCGCUUCAAUGCCAUUUACCAGCUGCUUCACUUCUUGGUCGACAGGGACUUUCUUAGCCCCCAGACAAUGGAGUACCAAGUGCCGUCCCUCAAAUACAGCCUGCUGUUCUUGCCUACAAGGAAAGGCGCAUCUAUGAUGGGGAUCUACUUAGACAAUCUGGAGUCCUGGGAUCUGUUUGAUAACUACACUUCUAUCACCGGAAUGGACCUGGGCCUUAAGCAGAAACUAUUCCAGCACUAUCUCCUACUAGAUACGAAGUACCCAGUCCUGGCAAUAUUAGCUAUUUUUCUAAGCAUUUCUUUUUACUUACGCUCGGUCUUUAUUACCUUGAUGGUCCUGCUCGCUAUGGUCAGUUCGUUAAUGAUCUCCUACUUCUUGUACAAGGUGGCCUUCAGAUUCACCUAUUUCCCAUUCAUCAACCUGACAGCAGUCAUCAUUCUCAGCAGCAUUUGUGCCAAUCACACCUUUGUCUUCUUUGACCUCUGGAACCUCAGCAAGAGCCAGAACCCUUCCGCUGGGCUUUCGCAGUGGGUGAGUCAAACCAUGCACCAUUUUGCAUAUCUCAUGUUGGCGUCUUGCUUCACGACGGGUGCUGCCUUCUAUGCCAGCUACAUCAGCAAUAUCAUAGCCAUCCGCUGCUUUGCUGUCUACAUGGGCACCUCCAUGCUGGUGAGUCUGGUGUUCAUGAUGACGUGGCUGCCUUCUUCGGCUGUGCUGCAUGAGCGCUACAUAGCAACGACCUGCGUUUACAAGCCAGAGGACUACUGGAAUGACACUGGCCACAAGAGAGUCGCUCUGUCCCUGCAUUACAUUCUCAGGGGCCUCCAGAACAUGCUGUCCAAAACCUCCAAGCUGCUCUUUGAAAAGCUCCUGCCUUGUGGGGUCAUCAAGUUUCGGUACAUCUGGAUCUGCUGGUUUGCUGCCUUAGCGAUAGGAGGUGCCUACAUUUCGUGUUCCAACCCCAAACUCAAGCUCCCAACCCUCGAGACAUCGUCUGUGCAGGUGUUUAGGCUGAGCCACCCCUUUGAGAGGUACGACUCCGAGUACUGCCACCAGUUCAUGUUCGAGAGGCUGGAGCACGGAGAAGGGCAGCGCAUGCCUGUCACCAUAGUCUGGGGCGUUCUGCCCGUGGAUAACGGGGACCACUUCAACCCAAAAAGCAACGGAACCCUAGUGACAGAUGCUACUUUCACAAUCCAAAACCCUGAUGCCCAGAAGUGGCUCCUUGAAUUCUGCCAAAAAGUGAAGAACAAAACUUUCUAUUACCCUGAUGCAGAGCAGAAAUCUACUGUGUGCUUCAUGGAGGAGUUCCUCUGGUGGAUGGACAGUCGACAGUGCUCUCAGCGAGACCACAGCUUCAACCUUUGCUGCAACCAGUUCUCCUUCCCAUAUGGAAGCGAAGUCUUCCUACACUGCAUCAAAAUGAUGCUCCUAGAACAAGGCAGGGAAGGGACAGAAACAUACGAUCUGGGCCUCAGGUUUGAUGGGGAGGGAAAUGUCGCUGCCUUAGUGCUGCAGUUUCAAACUGUUUAUCACUAUAGCUUCAACUACAGCAAAGCCAAACAAUUCUAUGAGGAAAUCAACCUCUGGGUGACGGAGGAAAUGAAAACUGCCCCCGUGGGGCUUCAGAACGGGUGGUUUACCAGUAAACUGGAGCUAUACAACCUCCAGCACAGUCUCAGCACAGAAAUGAUGGUGGUCAUGGGGCUCUCCAUAGCCGUUUCCUUCGUGGUGCUGCUGCUCACUACUUGGAACGUUCUCCUUAGCGUCUUCUCUGUUACUGCCAUUGCAGGCACUGUCUUGGUCACCGUGGGUCUUUUGGUCCUCUUGGAGUGGCAGCUCAAUGCAGUGGAGUCUCUCUUCAUUUCAGCUGCAGUAGGUCUCUCUGUGGACUUCACUGUCAAUUACUGCAUCUCCUACCACUUGUGCCCCCACUCGGACCGCCUGAGCCGAGUGGCCUUUUCCCUGAAGCAGAUGAGCUGUGCCACGGCCAUGGCAGCUUCUGCUCUCUUCUCUGCAGGGGUCAUUAUGUUGCCUGCCACAGUCUUGGCGUACAGGAAGUUGGGGAUAUUCAUCAUGAUGAUCAAGUGCAUCAGCUGUGGGUUUGCCAGCUUCUUCUUCCAGUCCCUGUGCUGUUUCUUCGGCCCAGAGAAGAACUGCGGGCAGAUCCUUUGGCCUUGUGCCCACACCAUGAAAGACUACUCUGAUGAUGCCGGGCUGAACGGAAGCUUCGCUUGUGGUGGGAGUGAGAAGCAAAACCGGUUGCGGAAGGUCCAGGAGUCCAACACUGCAAACGAGCAAUACGAGCUCCAGCCCUUGUCCAGAAAACUAAGUGACAGCUUUGACAACAGCACUUCCACGAGCAAGCUGUCCAACCGGCCCUCGGUGCUCUCUGAAGACACACAAGUUGAAGAGAACAGAUGCCCCAGAACAGGAAUGCACCCCUCUCUGGAAAGAGAGAGACAGAAUCUGCAGGAGACCCUUGGAGACCAGCAGGGUGGCCUGUGCCAGUGUCCUGCCUUGCAAACAUCCUCUCCGUACAAGCACAGUGGCUCAGGAGCAGAAAUUCACAGGGAGAGACUCUGCCGAGAUUGUCAAUGUUGGAAAUACGGUCCAAAAGCUUGGGAUGGGUCUGGGCUGGACCAUACCCAGCCGACUGCCAUGAAAGAAGAAGGGCAGCUCAAUAAAUCAAAGUGCUCUAGCGACACUGCCCAUCAGCAGUCGGAUUAUACCUCAGACAACAGCCACCUCCCCGCUGCUGACAUCUACAAAAUUCACAGAUGCCUUUGUUCUCUCGGCAGCUCUUUUGACAUGCUCAACAUCUCCAGCGAGACGUCGAUCAGUGAUUUUGAGCAAGGCCUGAAGCUCGCUGAAUCAGCCAGUUCCUGUCCUGAUGCCUUAGAGCUGUCUGAUUCCUACAGUCAAACGGAGAGAGGUUACUUGAAUGGGAAGAGAGAUACCCUGCGGCUGGACCUGAGGGAGACCGUCCUUGAUCUCUCUCCAGCAGCAUCGCAGAACAGCUCUUCGUGGAAAAACCGUUUUGGGUUAGGGAGUGAAGGGCCAGUGGUGUUACCGAAUAGCCAACCAGACAUGCCUGAUGUUUGGAUCAAACGAUCCAGCGCACAAAGUUCUGGUUACAACAGCUGAAACCUUGCAGAGAACACAGCCGUAUCACUAGGGAAAGGGGAAGCUGAAGUCUCCUUGGAACUGUAAAUACCAGGUUUUUUCCUCCCACCUCUCCUAGAGCUGAGACUAUUUCUUAGUAUUUCAGCUGCGCAAACGCCUGUGUUUUCACAGAACCAGCAAAUCUGACGCUAAGUGAGAGGACGCGAGAUCAGUCUUGAUGGAGUGCAGCCCUUUGACCUCCCAGUGUCUGGUGCCAUAUUCAUAGCGUAUCCUGUCAACCUGUUCUGUCAUUUCCUAAAAGGUGAUUAGAUUUUUUCCUUGUCAAGGUCACACAGGAGAGAAAUAAUAAGGUGAAUCUCCCCAGGUAUUUAACAACAAAGAGCUUGUGUAAUAAAAACAUUAAAAAACCCCAACCCCACAGCUAUUGAAAAUCUGGGUAUCAAGUGAAGAUUGUACUGUUAAUUGAAAAAUCAGAGUGUCUUUCAUUUUCUACUGAAUAGGAAACUGCUUUGUGUGAAGUCCAGGUUCUCAGAGCCCACCAAAAUAGUUCAGACACUACAGAAGACCUCGUGGAGCCUCCUGAAUUGAUGCAGUCUCUCACUGAUCACGGCGGAGUCUGCAGAAUCCAGCCCGAAACUACUUUCAGUAUCGAUUUCAGUAUGUUUUAUCUGAAGAAAUUCUAGUGCUGCCAAAAGUUUUUGGUGCGUGAUUUCCCCUUUGAGAAAGGUGUCCCUUCCCCUCAGUGACUCGGGUGCUUUGUGUGUCACCUUCAUCCCUCGAGGCCAAUCCAGGCGCUCCCCACAAACAUGUAAUUUUUUAAAACUUGUGUAUCUGGUGAAUCUUGGAUUUCACUUUUUUCUCUACCAGGGACAAACAGGAAAAUCAACACUUCUUUGCCUUUAUCUGUUCAGAAAGAAAACAUUCUCUAGACAAGUUGACAUA